GCUUGUGGGCAGGUGUGGGAGGGGCCUGUAUUGAGGUGUGGAACAAAGUGGUGUGGAAGGGGCUUGUGUUGAGGUGUGAAAGGGAGGUGAGGGUAGGUGUGCAACAUCUAUGUGCAGCUAACACCCCAGGAAGAGCCUCCAGGUAGCUGCCAUGGCUCUGCAGUUCUACGGUGACCUGAACUCCCAGCCCUGCCGUUCCGUCUACAUCUUCCUCAAGAAGAACAACAUUCCAUUCGAGUACAAAGAGGUGCGGCUGUUCAUGGGAGAGCAGUACUCUGAGCAAUUCCAGAAACUUAACCCCCUGAGAAAGGUGCCGGUGAUAAAGGAUGGGGACUUUGUGCUGACUGAGAGUGUGUCCAUCCUGAAGUACCUGGCCGACAAAUACCAGACGGCUGACCACUGGUUCCCGGGAGACCUGCAGCAACGAGCGCUGGUGAAUGAGUACCUCGACUGGCAGCACAGCGGCCUACGGCCCCAGGCCUCACGGGUCUUCCUGCUCAAGGGGAUGGUGCCGUUCAUCAGUGGGAGCCCGGGGCAGGCGCCCGGGACGAAGGAAGCUGUGGAUGAGCUGACCCAAAGCGUGGAGAAGUUUCAGCUGAAGUUCCUGCAGGACAAACCCUACGUGGCCGGAGCUGACGUCUCCCUGGCGGAUCUGGUUGCCAUUGUUGAGCUGAUGCAGCCCCUGGGUGGCGGGCACGACCCGCUGGAUGGCAGCGCCCCCCUCACUGCUUGGCGAGAGCGGGUGAAGAAGGCAAUUGGCAAAGAGCUGUUUGAUGAGGUUCACGGCCCUGUGUUAAACACACAGCAGAGUUUGGAAUCGAUCUCGCAGCAGCAGCCGGAGCUGCUGGAAGCCAUGAAGAAGAUGCUCCUCAAGGGGGGAAAGUAACGGGUGGGUCUGCAGACCCAGCGAGGACACACACACACACCCACACACCUGCCUGUACACACACCCACACACCUGUCCUGGCAUUGAGGAGUACAGCACAGGUAGAGGCACUUUGGCCCACAGGGUCUGUGCCAACUAUGAUGCCACAUUUAACUGUAUAACAGCCAGCACGAGGACCCGAUCCCCCAGUUAUUUGCUCGUCCCCAUAUGGAUUUUAUUGCUCUGUAUUUCUGUUUUGUCCAUUACAUUUCCCCUCUGUGUCAUUUCUCUCUGAAACAUUAGCAAUAAAUGUUUAUACCAAUCA